AUGGGGGACCUGUUUAUGUUUGGGAUGGCUGUGGGCAUAUUCUGUGCCACCUUCAGUGUCUCUGCCUGGUCAGUGAACAAUUUCCUGGUAACAGGCCCCAAGGCCUAUCUAACCUACACUACCAGCGUGGCCUUGGGUGCCCAGAGUGGCAUUGAGGAGUGUAAGUUCCAAUUCACUUGGGAACGCUGGAACUGCCCUGAAAAUGCUCUCCAGCUCUCCACCCACAACAGGCUGAGAAGCGCCACCAGAGAGACUUCCUUCAUUCACGCUAUCAGCUCUGCAGGAGUCAUGUAUACCAUCACCAAGAAUUGUAGCAUGGGUGACUUCGACAACUGUGGCUGUGAUGAAUCCAAAAAUGGAAAAACUGGAGGCCAUGGCUGGAUCUGGGGAGGCUGCAGCGACAAUGUGGAAUUUGGGGAAAAGAUCUCUAAACUCUUUGUGGACAGUUUGGAGAAGGGGAAGGAUGCCAGAGCCCUGAUGAAUCUUCACAACAACAGGGCCGGCAGGCUGGCAGUGAGAGCCACCAUGAAAAAGACAUGCAAAUGUCACGGCAUCUCAGGAAGCUGCAGUAUUCAGACAUGCUGGCUGCAGCUGGCUGAUUUCCGGGAGAUGGGAGAUUACUUGAAGGCCAAGUACGACCGGGCAGUGAAAAUUGAGAUGGAUAAACAGUGGCUGAGGACUGGGAACAGCGCUGAGGGCCACGGGGCGCCCACGGAGGCCUUCCUUCCUAGCGCAGAGGCUGAGCUGAUUUUUCUAGAGGAAUCACCAGAUUAUUGUACCCGCAAUUCCAGCAUGGGCAUCUAUGGUACAGAGGGUCGUGAGUGCCUGCAGAACAGCCACAACACAUCCAGGAGGGAGCAACGCAGCUGCAGGCACCUUUGCACUGAGUGUGGGCUGCAGGUGGAAGAGAGGAGAACUGAGGCCACAAGCAGCUGUAACUGCAAAUUCCAGUGGUGCUGUACGGUCAAGUGUGACCAGUGUAAGCAUGUGGUGAACAAGUACUACUGCACACACUCCCCAGGUGGUGUCCAGUCCCGGGGAAAGGGCAGCCCGCGCUAACCCCCCACACAAACUCAGACUCACUUGCUCAGUUGCAUGAUGGUAGAGGGAGAACAGCUUGGAAAAUCACAGGGUUUGUCUGUAGUUCCGCUCCUGAUAUCUGCUGUAGAUGUGGAAGUGGAAGCCGGAGAAA